AGACCACUGGCCUGGAAGGUAUAAGAGGAGUCCUUUGCUAGAUUCUGACCGUCACUGGGUACUGAGCCAACAUCAUGAUGAAGGUCUCCCUGAGUCUCCUCCCAGUGCUGCUGGUCAUAGCGAGCCACUCGGUCCACAGCAACCUGAUGGACUGUGCUGACAUCUGCAACGACGGACCCCAGGCCAGCGGGGUGUACACCAUCUACCCAGCAGGACCCAACUCUGCGCAGUAUGUGUACUGCGACAUGGACACAGAGGGAGGGAAGUGGAUGGUGAUCCACAGGAGAAUGGACGGAUCAGUGAACUUCUACCGAGGAUGGGACCAGUUCAAGUCUGGGUUUGGACAUGCUGCUGGAGAAUAUUGGAUUGGUUUGGAGACUCUGCAUCUCCUCACAAAGAAUGAGACCUACGAGCUGAGGGUGGACAUGGAGGACUUUGACGGGAAGACAGCCUAUGCCCAGUACUCCUCCUUCGCCAUCUCCCCGGAUGCGGAGAACGGAGAGGAAGAUGGAUACAAACUGUUUGUCAGCGGCUUCAAAAAUGGCGGUGCAGGUGACUCCCUGGCCUACAGCAACGGAUACAAGUUCAGCACGUUUGAUCGCGACCAAGACUCAUCCUAUUCCAAAUGUGUGGACAAGCAUGAGGGAGCCUUCUGGCACCGGUCGUGCACCAACGUCAACAUCAACGGCGUCUACAUGUGGGGGCAGAGCAAUCCCCACAGCGUGCACUGGCAUGGCUUUAGGAGGGAAAAGUCUCUCAAGUUCAUCUCAAUGAAGAUCAGACCCUCAUCAAUCACCAACAACCCAGACAACUGGCAGUCUUAAGGAGUUUAGCUCUAUCUGAAGCCUUGUAAGACAAGUAUGUCAUAAGCAUGUGAAA